CUGAUUUUGCCGUCGAUAAGAUAAACACACAAGAAUAUGUUGUUGAUUUUGUAAAAUCCGUUGUAAAACACCACUAUGGCACUCUAAGGUAUGCAUAGAAUACAAUUAACUUAACUGUACUGGAUGUAAAAUGGCCGAUCGUAAGUUCACAAAUUUGAGAAAACGCUUGGAUCAACUCGGGUACAGGCAAGCAUUGGGCAUCGAAUCGGUGCCUCUCGUGGAAAAAUUAUUCACAGAUCUUGUGCACACAACGGAAAGUUUGAAAAAUUCCAAAAUCCAGUUGAGUAAACGCGAUAAAGAACGGACCGUGUUCGAGGAAAACGCAGAGCCUUACAAAAGCGAUAACGCGAAACUCGUUCGUGAAAAUAACGAGCUGCACGUUCAGUUGAUACGAGCCAACGAGGACAGUGAACAAACAAUCAAAGAACUCAAAAACUCACUCAGGAAGUUAGAGCAUGAAAAUGCUGAUCUCAAGUUUUUAAACACGCAGUAUGUACACAAAGUUAAGGCCCUAGAGAAAGAUUCCGGCGAGAAAACCAUCAGGAUCAGCGAGUUGCAAGAAAAGAACCUUCAUGCUGUUGUGGAAACGCCUGGUGGUAGGAAGAAGCAGAUACCUACAAGAAGACAACGUAUGGACAUAAAAAACACUUUGUUCAACAGUAAGGGGUCAUCCAAGAGCACUGUUGUUGGUUCACCUGAUCCUUAUGUUGCGGAUCUAUUGAAAGUCGCCGAUGGUCGACUGGAAGAAAUGGAUGUUAAAAUAAAGGAACUGGAAAAUGAAAGAGAAGCAAUGGAUAGAAGAAAUAAAACACUUAGGAAGCAGGUGGAACAUAGGGACAAAGAAAUUGUUAGACUUGGGCGUUUGCUUGAGGGUGGUCGUCCCAUUCAUGCCGUGAUGAAAGAUAGGAAACAAGACAGCAGUGAAAAAAUUGUGGCACAUCUAAAUGUUCAGGUUGACUAUCUCCAACAAGCUAACAAAGAGUUGGAGCAGAAAAUUAAGGAGUUCUCGUACUCGAAGGACGAUUUAAGAUCACGUGUUAAAGACCUCGGCGAUGAAAACGAAAUGCUUCAACUGAGAAUCAAGAAACUGGAAAAGAAAAAGCAUGCUGCUGAAGAACAGAGAGAUAAGGUCGCCGCCAUUGCUGUGCAGGAUGCUGAUGAUUCGAAGAAUGAAUUGAGAGAAGUUACCAUGGAACUUGAAAGUUUGAAAAGAGAGAUUGCUGAGCUAAAAAAGGAAAGACAGCGUUACAUGGAAGAGUCCGAAAAACUUCAAGAAGCUUUGUCUGCUAUUGGUGAGGAGAAAGACAAUCUGGAGAGAACGCUGGAGGAUUGUGAGGAAGAAAAAAUACGUUUAUCCGAACGCAAUGCCAAACUGGCUGAUUCAGAACGUGAACUUUUAGUUAGUAUGGAAAAAUUGCAAUCCAGAUCGUCACCGAGCAGGAAGGCUAAGUCUCCUACAAAACACGAAAGCGUCGUAAAAUCCUUGGAGAAGGAGCUUGACUAUUACAAGCAAGAAUGCUCAUCGCUACAGGAAUUAGUGAAGAAGAAGCUUGUAGAUUCCAGUGUGGGUACGCCGAAAAAGAAAGGAAAGACCGAUGCAAAAUGGCAGGGCAUGCUUAGAAUCAUGGAAGAGGAGCGAGAUUUUUACAAGACUGAGUAUGAGGCAUUACGCAAGAAAAAAGCGUCAGGAAAGUCACCAACUGGUAAAGAAAAGUCAUCAUCAAACAGUGCAAACGAAGUGGCUCGAUUGAAAAGGGAAAAGAACGAUCUACAGGCAUUAUUAGAGAAGUUUGAAAGACAUCUUGCCGAUAUCCAGGAAAAUGUCAAAAACGUUGUCAAUGAUCGCGAUAGUGUACAGUUACUUUAUGAACAGGCAACGGAAGAAAUUCAGAGAUUGCGGCGUCAAGUGACUCGAUCCAGAUCUUCUUCUCCUUCACGAACCGUAUCAACAAUCCUUUCACGCGUUGAGGCAGAACGAGAUGAAGCUAUAGCUGAUCUUAGGAGAGCUGCAAACGAAGUCGAGUCAUUGCAAGAACAAUUGAAGGUCAGAACUGAUAGUGCCGUGUCAGAACGAAGACGACAUCAACAAGACAUCGCAGGCUUGGAAAACGUUCUCGAAAAGGUAGAAAAGGACAAGCGAGAUGCGGAAAGCAAAAUCGUCUCCUUGAAAGGCAAAGUGUCAGAGCUGGACGAACAGCUUCGGCAAACAUCGUCAAAGUUCGUAUCAUGCCGUGAUACAACACUCGAGAAAGAGGCCGAGGUGAACAAGAUGAAGUUGAUUGCAGAACAAGCUGAAAAGUCUGUUGAAGAUUGCCAACGACAGUUAACAAAAAAGAACAACGAACUUCGCGAAAAUGAUGAACGAUUAGAUGAUUUAGAGCAAAAACUUGAUGACGUAGAAAAGGUGAACUCUGCUUUACGUCAAGAUGUUGCUAAGCUUCGUGGUACAAUCAAAUCUCUCGACAUUGAAAAAGAUAACCUGCAACAACAGGUGGACGAGAAAACGGAGCGACUGAUGGCCUUGGAUGCUAGACGCAUCAAACAGGAAAAAACUGAAACUGAACUUCAUCUAACUAUUGAUGACCUAGAAGCGAAAUUGCAGCAUGCUCUCGCAGAUGGCAAUCAGAAGUUGAGAGAGAUAAAAUCUUUGAAACGUGAUUUAGACAAGAAGGAAGACGACUUGGGUGAAACAACUCGAUUGCGCGACGCUGUUACAAGGGAGAACAGAAGAGUACAGGAUGAUCUUCUCACAAUGACUGCUGAAAAUCAAGCAGUGCAUCAAGAAUUAGAGCAAUCGUUGCAGGAGCAAGAGACUCUUAAAAUGCAGAUUGGAGAUUACAUGGCUCAAGUAGCAAGAUUUGAAGGUUUAUUGGCACAAAAGGAUUUAGAAAAAGAGGAAUUACUUGAGCAGUUUCGUGCUUUGAGUAGCGAGGCAGAAAAGCUUGUGACGGAUGCUCGCGUUUCGGAAGUGCAAGUGAACAAUUAUAAGACGGAGUUAUCACAAAAGUUGCACGAAGAUUUAGAGUUAAAAGAGCGUUUGAGAGGCGUACAAGUUGAGUUGGAACAGAGGAUUGUGAACGAAAAAUCCUACGAAAUACAGAUUUCGAACCUUACAAAAUCUUUGCAAGUUAUGGAGGAGCAAUUGCGUCAAGCCGAUGAAGAGAAGGAAGGCUUGCUUGCCGAUUUAGCCGCAGUUCGUGAGUUGUGUGUUAAACUUGAUCAGAUGAGAGAUUCAUUAUCCAAACAACUUACCUCAAAAUCCAUGGACAAGGAAGAGCUGCAACAUAUGGUCAGUGAUGCUCAAGAAGAAAUUGAUGCACUUAAAACGCAGGUUUUUCAUGAGAAAUCUAACGUAAGAAGUCUCGAGGAAGUACUUUCUGCGACAAGAAAUAAGGAAUACCUUGACCAUAUGUCUCUUGAGGAAAAGCUUGACGAAGUUGAUAGACUCAAGUCCAGGCUGUCGACCUCUGAUAACGAGAAAUUUCUACAGAAGCAAGAACUGGAAAGCCUGCGAAGCACCUCAGAGAGACUUUCAAAUGAAGUCGGUGAAUUAAGAAAACAACUCAUCUCCGAGAAAUACGAAAAAGAGCGAGUUGCUCGAAGGAAAUCUGCUCCAGUGAAAUCAAGGGAAAAAGCCAUUGGUAAAAGUUCAAAGGAUCGACCAAGUCUUUCCAAAACAUUACCUCGUGAUAGGUCGUCUCCAUUAUCAUUUCAAAGUCACCAUCUAGAGUCUGUAAUAUCGCCCAUACAUCGCGACGAUGAAGGACUGUAGAUGUUACAUACGUCUUAAAAACAACAACUUUGUGAUAUCAUUUGCUGUUGUUACAAGUCUAUCAUCGUACAGCUCUCGUGGCCUCAACUAUUGGAGUAAGAAGAUCGAUAAUUUGGAGGAGAGUGGGGUCCUCAUAUUCGUAUAUUCAUGAUAUGCGGUGUUAAGUUCUUUUGAAAUCAAUUGUUAUCGAAAGAUUAUGACGUGCAUAUACGAAUAUGUCCCCCCUCCCAUAUUAUCGAGUUUGUUACGCCAUUAGCCUCAGCGACGUCUUAGACAUUGAAAUUGCUCAUGUGACAUGCGACUAAACGUUUUGCUUGUGGAAGAUAGGGCGAAUUCUUUCCGGUGGAAGAAAUCCAUGUUUUAAAAAAAGCAUGUUCAGCAUCUUGUUAUAGGACAUUAUCUUCAUGUCGUACAACACAACUUUGAUUUUGUGCAUUGAAGAACAUUGCAUAUACUUUAGAAUUCAUUUUAAUCUGCUAUAGGUCUUAUUUGACUUGUCAUUUGUAACCAGGUUUUAUUAGUUGAAGGUGAACGCUUAAAACUGUUGUCACAAGACAUGAAUACUUGAGCUAAUGUAGCGAAGUUAUACUAUACGUCUAUGUUUUACAGAUAUUGUUGACCAACAAUGUUUAUAAAAUAAAAACAAUUAAACGCGUGCGCUGA